GUAAAAAUGGCUUGUGGGAUACUAGUCCUUCUCAUUGCAGCAAUUGCUGCAUCUACUACGGGGUAUAGCAGUAAUGACUAUUAUCCUGAUGGUAAAGACGAUUACAGCUACAAAGCAGUGAACUCCUACAGCUACAAACCUAAAUUAGUUAAAUCAACUGCAUAUUCAAGUUCAAGCUCCCAUGUUUCUCACCAUCACGGCCAUCAUGCGGGUUAUGCCGGGCACAAACUUAUUACUGGACAUGCCCACAGAUUUAAGGUAGGACGUAUAUUUAAACGUUUCCACAGACUUGGUGUUGAACUUAUCGGACGUGGAGUCAGAUAUAAUGGAUUUUACUAUGGACGCCUUUGCAGUGCAAAAAAACUGUACGGUGCACUGAAUUCCUGUUAUGAAGAUUAUGGUGAUAUAGGCGAUUGUUUCCCUGGUCUGAUUAAACAAGGGUUGAUUGGUAGACGUCACAUUUACCAUAAAUACGGUCAUGGAUUUGGCUUAGGUGUCACUUUUGUAAAGAGAGGCAUUGUUUAUGGAAGAUCUUUUUAUAAAUUUGGGUGCCGUCGACCAAAGUUCAUUCGUUAUAUGACUUCCUGCUACAAUAAGUUCCACCAUGCAAGCACUUGUGUGUCAGUGUUGAGAAAACGACAUCUAAUCAGAACACCUCAUUCAUAUCAUGGUCACAUGCAUCUUGCUGGAUACACACGUUUCCGCAGAUUUAAGAUUCGCCAUGGGAGAUUCAGAUAUGGAGGAAAAUAUUACAAACUGAGUUGCAAUAAGAGACGUUUCUACAGUCAUUGGAACAGAUGUUACGGUCGAUACCAUAGUGUUGGAAGAUGCUUUGGAUACCUAAGAAGAAAACAUCUGUUUUCAUAUUAUAAUGCAGGUUACUCAAGUGGUGUGGCUUAUAAUGCAUACAGACCUGGUUACAGCAGUGGAAUUAAAUAUGACUAUGGUUAUUACAAAAGCCAUCAUGGAUUUACAAUUAGAAAUAAUAGAUUUUCAUAUGGAGGAAUUGGAUAUAAACUGAAGUGCGGAAGAAGUCGAUUUUACAGACUAUGGGGUCAAUGCUAUAACCGAUAUCACAGUGUAGGAAGCUGUUUUGGACGACUGAGACGACAACAUCUAUUCUAUAGAUACGGCGGAGAAGAUUAUUCCCAUGUCGGUGGUGAUGCAUACGGACCUGAUUACAGUUCAGGGCCUAUAUUUGACCAUAGUUAUUACAGUAGCCAUCAUGGAUUCAGAAUAAGACAUCAUAGAUUUUCAUAUAACGGAAUUGCAUACAAACUGAAAUGUAGUAGAAGCCGGUUCUAUAGACUAUGGGGUCAAUGCUAUCAUCGUUAUCAUAGUGUGGGGACCUGCUUUGGACGACUAAGAAGUCAUCAUCUUUUCUAUAGAUACAUUGGAGACCAUCAUGCUAUUCUGAACAAGCACCUGUAUCUUCACAAAAAAAUUGCUGAUAACCAUGCAAGAAGAAUCCAUAAUGUAGCCAAGAGUCAUGUCGCGAGAAUAUCUCACGUAUCAAACAAACAUGUUCGAAACAUUCAAUACCAGGCUAACAAACACGUGAGCAGAAUUGCAAACGAGGCUAGAAGUCAUAUGAAUAGAUUUAAACAACUCGUAGAUUACCAUCUUAAACGACUCCACAAACACACAAAAUAUCAUUUGUCAGCUGCUCAACAUCAACAUAAGAAGCAUUUGAAUGAACGCCAGUAUCAGAACAACAAGCAUGAGUUAAACGUGAGACGUCUCCAUAAGAAACACGAAUAUAAUCUCAAGAAACAUGGUUAUGCUUAUGGUCAUGGCCACGGUCACGGUCACGGUCACGGUCACGGGCAUGUAGUAAGUUACCAAGAUUACUACAGUAAAUAUCAUGGAUUUAAACUGGAUCAUCACAGAUUUUCAUAUGGUGGCAAAGCAUACCAACUGACAUGUGGAGAUAGCCGAUUCUAUAAUUAUUGGAGUGAUUGCUGGUCUCAUCAUCAUAGUAGAAGCGUCUGCUUUGGACAACUUAGGAAAAGGCACCUGUUUGAUGUAUACUCAGACGGAUAUGAUGAAGAGGACGAUUACGAACCAGCAGUCAAACAAUCAGCAUACUAAUGAAUACCUCAAUAUUGUUUAUGGACUUUUGAAAUAAAAUAACUAAAUAUUUAAUGAUUAA